UUUGUAUCUUCAUGUAGGACAAGGAUCUUGGUGAGCUCCGUAGUCGGGUACAGUCCUAUGAGGGAAGGAUACCAGGUCUCCAGGAAAGGAUCAAGGAGCUGGAGCUUAACAUGGAGCUGAUCUCACAAGAGAACAUGAGAUUACAAGGAGCUAGGAAGGAGCUUGAAGACAGGAUUAAAUCUCUUCACCAGAGAUGCUCAGAUGCUGAAUCUCGUGAAUAUGAAGCAACAGUUCAAGUUAGAGAGAGCAUACAAAUGUCUGAAAAUGCAUUGUUGGAAAAAGACCAGGCAAUGAUCCGAGAGCAACAGACUGAAGAGGAGGUAAGAAGAUUACAGGAUGCUAUGGGCAAACUGGUCAACGAGGCUGGUAAAAGAACGAGACAAGAAGUAGAUAGCAUCAGAAAGCAAUGUAAUUCAAAUAUUGCUAAGCUCAUGGAGGAGGUUACAGCUUUAGAAACGGAGAAUGCUGAAAAGCAGGCUGAGAUAGAAAGAGCUAUCAGAGAGAAAAGGGCAGUAGAACAUGAGCUUGAACAGGUGUAUAAAGAAGGCACCGCAGUGACUGGAGACCAACGAAUUAAUGAGUUACAGAACAGGAUCAUUGCGAUGGAAAGAUUAAAAGAUGAAAGCUUGAUACGAGCUCAACAGAUGGAGAAAAGCAUGCAGAGACAGGAACACAGCCAUGAAGAAGAGAAGUCUAGGAGUCUCCUGGUGACUGAUCAGCUUAGAGGACGACUGGAGAAGCUGUCCAGGGAAUGCGAGACCUUAUCUGAUGAGAGACUGAGAUUGAUGGAAGAUAACGAUGGCCUCAAGAAGAAGCUGAUAGAAUUCCGCAGAGAAAAGGAGGAUACAGAGAGAUCAGCAGCUAAAGAUUUGAUCGGUGUAGAGCAUGAGAUGAGUGUGAUGAGAAGAGAAUAUGAAGCUCGUCUAGAGAGCGUUGAGGAGAAUAGUAGACAGUCUACAAAGGAACUCAGACAGAUGGUCCUAUCUCAGCAAAAGAUGAGCUCAAAAUGGAAAGAAGAGUGCCGAGUCCUUGGUCAGAAAUUUGAAGGAAAGAUAUCAGAACUGAGAUCCCAACUGACUAUGCAAAAGAAGAGAAAUGAAGAUCUGACCAAUCAAAUUCAUCAACUCAAACAACAAAACAUACAGAGUGAGCAGGUUGUAUCGGAUCAAAUGGAUGUUAAUAGGAAGUUACGUCAGAAAGUAGAAUCAGCUGAACAACAGGCUACAGACGUUACUAGGAAGUUAACAGAUAGAUCAUCUAGAGAGAGAAGGCUAGCCCAUGAUAAGAAGCAACUCCAGGCCCAACUGGACAAGAUCAGAGCGGAACUUGGUAGAUCAGAUAGAGGAGGCCACGUCCCUGUGCAUCUGACCACAUCACAUCUGAAUGGUACCUACAAUCAUCCAAGACCAAACUAUCCAUCAGGCGGGUUUGUGAGACAGAGAGCAUCAUCGAUAGCUAGCUCCGUCCAUAGCUACAAGUCAUCUCAUAGUAGAAGCUCUUCACCAGAAUUGAGUACGUGAUAAACUAUCCAUCAGGCGGGUUUGUGAGACAGAGAGCAUCAUCGAAAGCUAGCUCCGUCCAUAGCUACAAGUCAUCUCAUAGUAGAAGCUCUUCACCAGAAUUGAGUACAUGAUAAACUAUCCAUCAGGCGGGUUUGUGAGACAGAGAGCAUCAUCGAUAGCUAGCUCCGUCCAUAGCUACAAGUCAUCUCGUAGUAGAAGCUCUUCACCAGAAUUGAGUACAUGAUAAACUAUCCAUCAGGCAGGUUUGUGAGACAGAGAUCAUCAUCGAUAGCUAGCUCCGUCCAUAGCUACAAGUCAUCUCGUAGUAGAAGCUCUUCACCUGAAUUGAGUACAUGAUAAACUAUCCAUCAGGCGGGUUUGUGAGACAGAGAUCAUCAUCGAUAGCUAGCUCCGUCUAUAGCUACAAGUCAUCUCAUAGUAGAAGCUCUUCACCAGAAUUGAGUACGUGAUAAACUAUCCAUCUGGCUGGUUUGUGAGACAGAGAUCAUCAUCGAUACCUAGCACCGUCCAUAGCUACAAGUCAUCUCAUAGUAGAAGCUCUUCACCAGAAUUGAGUACAUGAUAAACUAUCCAUCAGGCGGGUUUGUGAGACAGAGAUCAUCAUCGAUAGCUAGCUCCGUCCAUAGCUACAAGUCAUCUCAUAGUAGAAGCUCUUCACCAGAAUUGAGUACAUGAUAAACUAUCCAUCAGGCGGGUUUGUGAGACAGAGAGCAUCAUCGAUAGCUAGCUCCGUCCAUAGCUACAAGUCAUCUCGUAGUAGAAGCUCUUCACCAGAAUUGAGUACAUGAUAAACUAUCCAUCAGGCGGGUUUGUGAGACAGAGAGCAUCAUCGAUAGCUAGCUCCGUCCAUAGCUACAAGUCAUCUCAUAGUAGGAGCUCUUCACCAGAGUUGAGUAAAUGACAUAUUCAGCCAUCAACAAACAUGUAGUUUAUUCAUAGUCCAAUUGGGUGCUAUUCUCAUUGUUAAUCCAGGAUUUAAUCCGAGUUUAAACAAUGUCAUGGAUUUUAGCUUAGCUAUGUACUGAGCAUUCAGCAACGCAGAGUUACUAAAGAACUUUGUCAUAUGUUCUGUGUCCAUGUUGAGUUUCAUAAACAAUUUCUUGUGAAUGACAGAGAGAGAAGAG